CGCAAGUCGCCUUAUUUGUUUAAUUUCGAAAAGAGAAAAUGAGCAAUUACUCCAUGUUUAGGUGAGAGAGAACUGUGCAGACCCGAAAGGACGAGAAUAACGUGUCGGCGGUCAUUCGCUCGUCAUUUUCAUGUCCAAUUAAGAUGAUUAUCAUUUUACCGCAUUCGGCAGGUUGACAGGAAUGUUUUUUUUACGACAGAAAUGUCUGAAGAGAUCGAAUUAGAGCAGAAAAAAUCAGUGAAAUGCUCCAUUUUAUUCGACACAACUGCAAAAAGUAGAAGGAUAAUGAGUAGAAAUUAGCUGCUAGGGACGGGGCUCUGGAGAUACUGAAAGAGACGACUAAAAAGGAUGCCAAUACUCGAGAUGACGGUGGAAUGACCCCAACACUGUGGGCAGCCUUUGAAGGCCAUGUGGAUGCACUGAGACUGCUUGUCGCCAGGGGAGGAGAUCCAGACAAAACAGAUUACUUCGGAAACACCGCUCUGCAUCUAUCGGCGGCGCGAGGUCACGAGUUUUGCGUUAAAUUCUUAGUUAAAUUUGGGUGUAACAUAUGGGCAUUGGACAUCGAUAGGCAUUCUGCGCGAGAAUUAGCUGCGAUAAAUGGACGGGAGAGUAUUCUCCAAUUUCUGGACAUUGCUCAAGCCGAACAGGAGGCGACAAACAGGAAGAAGAGUAAACUGAUGAGGGAGAAAGCAGAGAAAGAUGCUGAGAAACGACUAAAGGAGUACGUGAAGAGACAGAAGAUGGCGGAUAUUAGGGCGGAGAAGGAGCAGAAGAAACUGCUGAAGGACAGGGCGAAGAUGGACAUCGAGACCAUCAACGAAAAUAACAUUCUCCCCCACAGGCCUAGUAUCUUAACAUUCAAGGGGAGAGUGAAGCCCUCACAAACUUUCAGUGACAUCGUGGGCACAAUCUCCACGAAUACAGCCACCAGGAGACGAGGCAGUAGUGCUGUCGGGAGAAAAGUUCAAGCUAGGAAGGCUGUUGAUGAUUUCAGAGUUGUGGAGAUUGAGAACGACGGAAAGAGAUCGGUGAGAAGUCUGACAGGGCUUCGGAGGGACUCAGAAGUGAUGUACGUAGGGACUUACGAGACCCAGGCUCAACAGAUGGGCAAGAGGGGUCGAAUAUCGGAUGUUUGGGGGACUCUCAGUAAAGCUCAGAGCACUCCAGACCUUCUCGGCGACAGGGAUUACGACGAAGAAGAGGAGGAGGACGAGAGGGGGUCUCUAAAGAACGUUGUUGAGGAGGCAGUGCUCCUUCAGGAGCCUGCUAGUAUAUUCAACAGACCUGGAUUCGGCUCUGUGGCAUUUAGGAGAUCGAUUACAGCAACAUUAGACACUCUACCGAUUUCCCAGGUAGAUGUGAAGACAAAAUUACAUACAAAAGGGUACUCCAAUGGCAAUGAUGCGUUGAUUAAUGGACGACGAGGGAGUGUCAAUGGGCAUCAUAACGAGGAAAUAAGUAUUGGGAGCGCUGGGAGCCUCGCGAGGAGACAAAGCAUGUGGGAUGAUGAUAGAUUAUCAGCUGGAGAGGAGACUGAUGAAACCGACGAAGAAUGGAGCCCCCUUCAAAGAUUCCUAGUAGCUAACAACCUAACAUCCAUUCAAUCCAGCCUGGAGGCAGAGCAAAUCGACCUGGAAGCCCUGAUGCUCCUCACAGACGCUGAUAUAGCAGCUCUGAAACUGCCCCUAGGCCCAAAACGAAAGCUCACAAAUGCUAUUGCCAACAGAAAGACGGCCCUCGGUGCUUCUGAGAACAUCAUGAAGGACAGCAGAUUGUGAAUAAUCAAAAGGUGCAAAUACCCCAGAACAUGUACAUUGAGAGGAACAGAUUAAACAUUACGUGCAAAUAAAAUUCAUUGUUUCAU